UGAGGCGACAUUUCCUGCUCCGGGGGGCUGGGGUGAGGAGAGAUGAGGUGCUGAGUGUGCACCCUAUUUGAGAGCACAUACACACACCCUGCUGGGGGGCUCCCUUCCUAGGCUGCCCCCAUGGAGCUCCCCCUGGCCCAGAUAUGCCCCCAAGGGAAUCAAGAAGCCCCGACCCCAGCCUUCAGCACCUUCCAGCCCGUGGGCUUGUCUCGCAGGAGCUGCCAGGGCCUGAGUUUGCUUUUGGGGUCCAGACUCCAAGCCCUGCAGGCGGAGGCCCAGCCUAGCCCCAGGAGCCUGGGUGUCCCCACUGUGGCAGGCCCCCAGGUCCCAGGGGCUGCCUCUAGCCCAGAGGACUCUGGGAAGGCUGAGGAGGUGCCUAGGGAAGGAGGCCAGGCGCUGCAGGCCACGACCCGGGCUUGGUUCCAGAAGACCCAGGCCCCCUGGCUCCUGCAGCACGGGGCAGCCCCUGCCUGGUUCCAUGGCUUCAUCACCCGGAGGGAGGCCGAGAGGCUGCUGGAGACCAAGCCUCAGGGAUGUUACUUGGUGCGGUUCAGUGAGAGCGCCGUGACCUUCGUGCUGACUUACAGGAGCCGGACUUGCUGCCGCCACUUCCUGCUGGCCCAGCUUGGGGACGGGCGCCACGUGGUGCUGGGCGAGGACAGCGCCCACACGCGGCUGCAGGAUCUGCUGCGCCACUACACGGCGUGCCCACUCAGCCCCUACGGGGAGACGCUCACCGAGCCCCUCGCCCGCCAGACUCCUGAGCCCUCAGGACUUUCCCUAAGGACAGAAGAAUCAGACUCUGGGAACCAAAGCCAGGACCCUCUCCCUCAGUACAGCCCAAUCAUCAAAAAGGAGCAGACCGCAGCCUCCAAAGAGGCUGCCGGGAAGCCCAAGGAGCCUUCCCCGCUGCCCAGACCCAAGCCUCCUGUCCGCGCCAAACCACAGCUGCCCCCCGAAGUCUACACGAGCCCCACGCAGAGACCCCGGCCGACCCCUCCCCCCAAGCCCGCCGCCCCCAUCUACCAGGAGCCUGAGGAGCCCAUUGAUUUCUACGCCAUGGGCCGAGGCAGCCCCGGGGACGCCCCCAGCAACAUCUACGCCGAGGUGGAGGCCGAGGAGCUGGCAGGUGCUGAGGGCCCGCCGGGCAUCCCCCGGCACCAGGUCCUGAGGAAGUGCUGGUCCAGGCCUACCCCAGGAGGCCAGAAUCUAGGUGGCUGGCAAGUGCAUGCUGAGAACUCUGUAGCUGGACAGGGCUCUCCAGUGCCCCACCAGCACCUGCCCCACUUGAGGCACACGCUCCCCUGCAACCUUUCUAGACAGGUGCUUCAGGACAGAGGACAGACAUGGCUCCCCUUGGGGCCUCCUCAGUAGUCGGUCUUGGCCCCCCACAAAGAAUCCUGAAGAUCAGAGGAGCAGAUGUGAAGCCCGCUUCCUUUUGGGGAUAUGCAUGGUUCCCUCCCAGGAGUCCCCAAGAAUCCAGUGGCUUGGUGGCCUCUAGGGAAGUGGGCUAGGAGGGCCCUGUGGCUCCACUGCCCCUGCUUCCCCUCCUGGAGUCUGAUUUCCUCGGCCCUCUGAGCCUUUAGGCCUGGGCCCUGGUCCAAUGCUGCUGUUGUCUGAGGAACGGUUUGGCGAGAACAGAUGUUUGAACUUGUUUGUUGAUUCUUGUCUGGCUAAUAAAUCAUUGCCAACUGCCUCCCCCACAGG